AUGCGACGGGAUACAGGAAAUUACAAUGAGCUCGCUGAUAGUAACACAGAUUUUCCCAUUUUUAACUUCAGGGUAAUUGCUGCCGCGACAAAUAAUUUCACUGAAUCCAACAUUCUUGGCAAAGGAGGCUUUGGCAAUGUUUAUAAGGGAAGGUUGGAAGAUGGUAGGGAAAUUGCUGUGAAAAGGCUUCGUGUAGGUUCUCUCCAAGGGGCAGUGGAGUUCAAAAAUGAAAUAGCUCUGAUUUCUAGGUUGCAACACAGAAACUUGGUCAAACUUCUAGGCUGCAUAGGUUCUGCUCACUUGUUGCAAAAUCUUUACUUUUGGUCAAACAUCACUGAUAAGAUGAUUUAUCUAAUUCUGUCCCUGACAGAUGGUACAAGAAAAUUGCUGCUAAACUGGUCCACAAGAUUUAAGAUAAUCAGGGGUGUAGCAAGGGGCCUUCUUUAUCUCCACCAAGAUUCCAGAUUGAUGAUGAUUCAUAGAGAUCUCAAAGCAAGUAACAUAUUGUUGAAUGCUGAGAUGAGCCCCAAAAUUUCUGAUUUUGGUACAGCUAGGCUCUUUGGUGUCCAUGAACAGGAAGGACAUACCAAUCAAGUUGUUGGAACAUUUGGAUACAUGUCACCGGAAUACGCAAUGGAAGGUAUCAUCUCUGUAAAAUCCGAUGUUUACAGCUUUGGCGUAUUACUUCUAGAGAUUGUAAGUGGCAUGAAGAUCGGCACCACAACCCCAAGCGCACAUGCACGCGCUCAUAACCUUAUAGAUUAUGCAUGGAGCUUAAGGAAGGAUGGGAAAAUGAUGGAUCUAGUCGACUCAUCUAUUGUAGAGGGUUGCUCUCUCGUUGAACCUCUACGAUGCAUACAUAUCGGACUCUUGUCGGUGCAGGACGACCCAGACGCUCGCCCCCUCAUGUCUUUGGUGAUAGCAAGCUUGGAUAACAAAGAUAUUGAGCUCCCACAGCCGAAAGAGCCUAUGUGCUUUGCACGUCGUAACUACGGAGCUGGCGAAAGCCAAGCAGAUGACCUGAGCCUCGAAAACCUCAAGGGGCGCUAGAAAACCGUUGGUCAUGUCUUGUCCUUGUGACCCUAAUAUCUUCAUGUACUUACCUGCUCGAUUCUAGACUAUACUAGUUGAGCUCUCUCACCGCCAGGAUUGUAAUUUGUGCUUGUAAUCUGUAUGCUUGUAACUGUAAUGUGUAAUACGGUUGUCCUCUUCUUGUCCUUCAUUAGUUGUCUGGAUAACUAAGUAUUUGGAACAAGUUUUAGAAAAAAUAGUUUUAAGAGGAUUUUUUAGGAAAA